AUGGUGCGUAUUGCGAAGAGAGAUGUCAUAGCCGGUGGACAUGAAAGCCUAUGCACUCCAUAUGUGAUUGAGUAUCUUGAGGAGAUGCUUGAAAAGGAGAAGGUUGAGGAAGCUAAGGAUCCUAAUGACGAGUCUUCUCAGGUUGAUGCUUCUCAAAAUCAUCAAUCCCAAGAUCAUGCUUCUCUAGCUAAUCACAACUCGAGGCCUAAAAAGAAGUCCAAAAAGAAUCCAAAUGGUGAGUCUUCUCAGGUGGAUGCCGCUCAAGAUCAUCAAUCCCAAGAUCAUGCUUCUCAAGCUAAUCACAACUCGAGGCCUAAGAAGAAGUCCAAAAAGAAUCCAAAUGGUGAGUCUUCUCAGGUGGACAAUUGGGCUCAUGCUUCUCAAAUUCAUGCUUCUCAAGUUCAUGCUUCUCAGACUGAGAAUUGGGCUCCGUGGUAA